AUGGACAACUCCCACAGUCUCCUAGCAGUUGUAGAGAAGCUUCCAUACCACCUGAGGACCAGAUGGUUGAAAGAAAAUCAUAGUAUCAAGAUAAAGGAGAAAAGAAAUUGCAGGUUAACCGAUUUAGUUAACUUUAUUUCCCUAGCUGCAGAGGAGGCCUCAGAUCCAGUAUUUGGAAAGGCUGUUCUUACCGGAAUCAAGAAGAAGACUGGGAGUUUUGCGAUUGUAGCGGGACCCACCACACCGAAAGUCACAGAGCAAUGUAUUAAAUGUAAAGGGAAUCAUUUUGUUACACAGUGCCAUUCGUUCAAGUCCCUUAAAAUAAAGGAUAGGCACACGCUCAUUCAGUCAAAGGGCUUGUGCUUGAAUUGUCUGAAGCCAGGACAUUACAGCAGAGAAUGUCCAAGUACCAUACGAUGCACAGUGGAUGGUUGUGGGAAAAAGCACAGCAAGUUUCUUCACUUUCCUACACGCAAUCCGUCACAGAGCGACCAAGUUGUACCAGGUGUGCCACAGCCUAGCAACCAGGGCAUGCCAGCAGUUGUUCCACAGAUUAGCAACUUUGCCAAUAGCUCGGAAGGAAAGCUUGCGCUCCCAAUAGUACCUGCUAGAGUGAGAAGUCCGAAUUCCAACACCUAUGUUGAUACCUAUGCAAUGCUUGAUACUGGCACUAAUGCUACUUACUGCACCGAAGAGCUGUUUAAGCGACUGGGAGCAACAGGAAACAAGCGCCACAUUGAGCUGACAACUAUUUCACAAGAAAGGCUUCAGAUUGAAACAACGGUGACAACACUCCUAGUAAGCGAUGUACAAGAUAGCAAGAACCCUCUGAAGGUACCCGAGGUAACUGUGAGACCGGGACUCAACAUUGACCUGUCAGGACUAGCUAAUAAGGGAGAAUUGAGGCAUUGGCCACAUUUGAGCAACCUGGAAAUCCCAGAGAUUCGAGAUGUGAACAAGGUGCAUCUGCUUAUUGGACAAGACUGCGCAGACCUUUUAAUGCCACAAGAAGUAAGAAAAGGCAGACCAGGAGAGCCUUAUGCAGUCCUCACACCCUUAGGAUGGGCAAUAAAUGGACCAGUAAACCAAUCCAGUCACAGUGCAAGGUCGUCCCACUUCAUACAGCAAAGGACAGAGCUGACAGGUGACCUUGAGAAGCUCUGGGCUCUGGAAGGAGCCAACAGCGAAGAAGUAGGAAUGUCUGUUAAUGAUCAUAAAACCUUGCAGAUUUGGGAUGAAUCUAAAGAAAUUGUGGACGGUCACUACUCGUUGGAUAUACCUUUUAAAGCCAAAGAACCUAACCUGUAUGACAACAGAAUAAUGGCAGAGCGCCGUCUCCACUCCUUAAGAAGGCGCCUUGAGAAGGAUAGCAGCUUGAAGUCAAAGUAUACAACAGAAAUACACCAGCUCUUGGAAAAGGGCUAUGCAGAACAAGUCCCGAGUGAAGAUUUGAAGCGAGAUGAUGGCAAGGUGUGGUACCUGCCACAUCACCCAGUUCUGAAUCCCAAGAAGCCAGAUAAAUGUAGAAUAGUUUUCGACUGUGCUGCUACCCACAAAGGAACGUCAUUAAAUGACCAUGUACACCAAGGUCCUGACUUGACGAAUAAGCUGAUAGGGGUGUUGCUGCGCUUCAGGCAGGAACCGGUAGCUUUCAUGGCUGACAUUGAAAGCAUGUUCCACCAGGUGAAGGUGAAUGUCAAAGACAGAGAUGUUUUAAGAUUUUUAUGGUGGGAUAACAGCGGCCAGAUAAUUCCAUACAGAAUGACAUCACAUCUUUUUGGUGGUGUCUGGAGCCCAAGUUGCGCAAAUUACGCAUUGAAGAUGGUAGUAAAAGAUAACGAAGGAACAGGAAACCAGUUGGCAAUGGAAACCAUCAACAACAACUUCUACGUAGAUGAUUGUUUAAAGUCUUUGGCUGAUGUAAAUACAGCCAUCGCCGUUGCUGAAGAAGUGAAGAGGCUCCUCGCGGAGAAAGGAUUCCAUCUGACUAAGUGGGUAUCAAACUCACCAGAGUUCAUGAAAACAAUACCCAAGGAGGAUUGGGGCAAGUCGUUUGGUACUCAAGAUCUAAGUGGUGAGAAGCUACCUACAGAGAGGGCCCUUGGACUAUUGUGGAAUGUUGGUCAGGACCAUUUUGAGUUUGAUGCGCAGAUAGAAGAUAAACCAAAGACCAAAAGAGGAGUACUCAGUGCUCUAAGCACCAUAUUCGACCCCAUGGGUUAUGUGAGCCCAUGCGUACUAAAGGCAAGAUUACUGUUUCAGCAGUUGUGCAGACUGAACAAGGGUUGGGACGAAGGUUUGACAGCAAGCCUUGAAAAUCAGUGGAGUGACUGGCUGUCCCAGCUGCAGUACCUGAACACCUUCCGAAUUCCAAGAUGUUUGAACCCACUUGAUGUGAAAUUCAAGACGGCACAGUUGCACCAUUUUUCCGAUGCUUCAGAGUGUGCAUACGGAGCAAUUUCAUAUCUGCGAUUGACCACGGAAGACGCUGUCCAUGUUGGCAUCUUGAUGGCCAAGUCAAGAUUGGCUCCACUAAAAGGUUCAACUGUACCGCGUUUAGAACUUGCAGGUGCGGUAGAAGCCAUGAGAUUAGAUAAACUGCUACGCCAGGAGUUGGAACUAACCCUAGAAGAGUCUGUUUUCUGGACAGACAGCACCAUUGUACUGUGGUACCUUCAAAAUGAGGAAAAGAGAUUCCAAACCUAUGUUGCAAACAGAGUAUCUCGAAUACUGGCUCACAGUAAUCCAGUGCAAUGGAGAUACGUUCCCACAUCCCAAAACCCAGCAGAUGAUGCGUCACGAGGAAUGACAGCAGAAGAGUUGGUAAGCAGCUCACGCUGGGUCCAUGGGCCAGACUUUCUGAAAUUGAGUCAUUCACAAUGGCCACAACAACCCGCAUUCAAGUGUACAGAAUUGGACAAGAUUGCUGAAGUGAAAAGGAACCCUGUGGUGUACUCCACAAAAGGUGAUGUCGAUUCAACCAACACCUUGUUGAAUUACUACUCCUCCUGGUUUAAGUUGAAGAAAGCAGUAGCAUGGAUGCUGCGACUUAAACAAAUUUUGCGAAAGAAACCAACCACCUCUGGACCCUUAAGUGCAGGAGAGUUGCAAGCGUCAGAGUUAGCUAUUGUGAAGUAUGUACAGUACAGUUUAAACAGCACGGACACAAGACCACAGCUGGCAAAGUUGAGACCUGUGAAGUCUAAGGCAGGACUGUUGCGAGUUGGGGGCAGGCUUAACUCGGCUGAUUUAGACGAUGAUGCUAAACACCAACUGAUUUUGCCCCACAAACACCAUGUAUCGCGACUGAUUGUUGAAGAUUGUCAUGUGGUUACUGGACAUGCAGGUGUUGAACGAGUAUUGGCUGAAACUCGACAGCGUUAUUGGAUCCUAAAGGGAAGAAAGCUUGUCAAAAGAAUAGUUUCCCAGUGCAUACCUUGUAGAAAAUCAAGAGGCAAGACCGAAAUCCAGCUUAUGGCAGACCUCCCGAAGGAAAGAGUAACGCCAUAUGAACCACCCUUUACAUGCGUAGGCGUCGAUUAUUUUGGACCCUUUAAUGUUAAAAGGGGAAGAUCAGAAGUCAAACGAUAUGGCUGUAUUUUUACUUGUUUAGCUAUAAGAGCUAUCCACAUUGAAGUGGCACAUUCACUUGAUACAGAUAGUUUUAUAAAUGCUUUGGAGAGGUUCAUUGCUCGAAGAGGGGCACCGCGGAUGAUUAGGUCGGAUAAUGGGACCAACUUCACGGGUGCCAGGGCAGAACUCCGAAGGGCCUUACUACAAUGGAACCAAGGCAAAAUACACAACUUCCUCCUAAAAAGAGAAAUUGAUUGGAAAUUCAAUCCCCCUGGAGCUUCCCACAUGGGGGGCGUCUGGGAAAGACAGAUUCGAUCUGUACGAUCCGUGCUUGCUGGAGUAAUGAAGCAGCAAACCAUGGAUGAUGAAAACCUUGUGACAUUACUCACAGUCGCUGAAGGCAUUGUCAACAACCGCCCAAUCACUAAGUUGUCUGACGAUGUCCAAGAUGAGAGACCGCUGUCGCCAAGCCACCUUUUAGUGCUUCGUGGAGGACCCACAUUACCACCUGGACAGUUCGAAGCUAAAGACCAAUACCGUAAGAGGUGGAAACAAGUCCAAUACCUUGCUGACAUCUUCUGGUCACGUUGGUUACGUGAAUACCUGCCUGCAUUGCAAGAACGCCAAAAAUGGUUGAAACUCACCAGUAACUUGAAACCAGGUGAUUUGGUGAUGGUGUGCCAGGAUCACACCCCUCGUAAUCAGUGGCCUCUGGGACUUGUAACUGGUACCCGUGCAGGAAACGACAACAUUGUGCGCGCAGUUGAAGUAAAGACAGCCCAUGGUAUUUUUGAAAGGCCGAUAACCAAGAUUUGUCUUUUAGAGGCGUCCGGAGAAGACCAAUAA